GGUUCGGCGUGUCGCUGGGCGGCCCUGAUCGCGCGCCACGAUGCCGGCGGUGUCGAAGGGCGAUGGGAUGCGAGGCCUGGCCGUCUUCAUCUCCGAUAUCCGGAACUGCAAAAGCAAAGAAGCAGAGAUAAAGAGAAUAAAUAAAGAACUGGCAAACAUUCGGUCAAAAUUUAAAGGCGACAAGGCUCUGGAUGGUUACAGUAAGAAAAAAUAUGUCUGCAAGCUGCUUUUCAUCUUUCUCCUGGGGCAUGACAUUGACUUUGGUCAUAUGGAGGCUGUAAACCUGCUCAGUUCCAAUAGAUACACAGAAAAACAAAUUGGCUAUCUCUUCAUCUCCGUCCUGGUGAACUCCAACAGUGAGCUGAUCCGCCUCAUAAACAACGCCAUCAAGAACGAUCUGGCCAGCCGCAACCCCACCUUCAUGGGUCUGGCCCUGCACUGCAUUGCCAACGUGGGCAGCCGCGAGAUGGCGGAAGCGUUUGCUGGAGAAAUUCCAAAAAUCCUGGUAGCUGGAGAUACUAUGGAUAGUGUGAAGCAGAGUGCUGCCUUAUGCCUGCUGCGUUUGUAUAGAACUUCCCCUGACCUUGUCCCCAUGGGAGACUGGACGUCCAGAGUGGUACAUCUCCUCAAUGACCAGCACUUGGGUGUGGUUACUGCAGCUACAAGUCUGAUCACAACUUUGGCACAGAAGAACCCAGAAGAGUUCAAAACUUCAGUCUCUUUGGCAGUGUCGAGAUUAAGCAGAAUUGUAACUUCCGCAUCAACAGAUCUUCAGGACUAUACGUACUAUUUUGUCCCUGCUCCUUGGUUAUCUGUGAAACUUCUGAGGCUCUUACAGUGCUACCCACCUCCAGAAGACCCUGCGGUACGUGGUCGUCUCACAGAAUGCCUAGAAACUAUUCUUAACAAAGCACAGGAGCCACCAAAGUCAAAGAAAGUACAACACUCAAAUGCGAAGAAUGCUGUGCUAUUUGAGGCGAUCAGUUUAAUUAUACAUCACGACAGUGAGCCAAAUCUACUAGUCCGUGCCUGUAACCAGCUAGGUCAGUUCUUGCAGCACCGAGAAACUAAUUUGCGUUACCUAGCACUGGAAAGCAUGUGCACGCUUGCCAGCUCUGAAUUCUCACAUGAGGCUGUGAAAACACACAUAGAAACUGUUAUCAAUGCACUAAAGACUGAAAGAGAUGUGAGCGUACGGCAAAGAGCUGUGGAUCUCCUGUAUGCAAUGUGUGACCGAAGCAACGCCCAGCAGAUUGUGGCUGAAAUGCUGAAUUACUUGGAGACUGCUGACUAUUCCAUUAGAGAAGAAAUUGUUCUGAAAGUUGCAAUUCUAGCAGAGAAGUACGCAGUGGAUUACACCUGGUAUGUGGACACAAUCUUGAAUCUGAUUCGUAUUGCCGGUGACUACGUCAGUGAAGAAGUGUGGUACCGAGUCAUUCAGAUCGUUAUCAACAGGGAUGAUGUACAAGGGUAUGCAGCAAAGACUGUUUUUGAGGCCCUUCAAGCUCCAGCGUGCCAUGAGAAUCUUGUUAAAGUAGGUGGCUACAUCUUGGGAGAGUUUGGUAAUCUGAUAGCAGGUGAUCCAAGAUCAAGUCCCCUCAUCCAGUUCAACUUGCUGCAUUCCAAGUUUCAUCUGUGUAGUGUUCCUACCCGAGCUCUGCUGCUGUCCACCUACAUCAAGUUUGUGAACCUGUUUCCAGAAAUCAAAACUACUAUUCAAGAUGUAUUGCGCAGUGACAGUCAGCUAAAGAAUGCUGAUGUUGAGCUGCAGCAGAGAGCUGUUGAGUAUUUGAGGCUCAGUACUAUUGCCAGUACCGAUAUAUUGGCUACAGUGCUAGAGGAAAUGCCUCCCUUUCCAGAGAGGGAAUCUUCUAUUUUGGCUAAACUCAAGAAGAAGAAAGGUCCAGGCACAGUUACUGAUCUGGAAGAGAUCAAAAAGGAGAGGAGCUCUGAUAUGAAUGGAAGUGCUGAACCUGCGUCUGUCAAUGCCAGUGCUGUUUCUACUCCUUCUCCAUCUGCGGAUCUGCUGGGUCUGGGUGCAGCCCCUCUCACCAAUUCAGCUCCCCCACCUUCCUCUAGUGGUAGCCUGCUGGUGGAUGUAUUUUCAGAUUCAGCUUCUGCUGUUGCACCUCUUGCUCCUGGUUCAGAUGACAACUUUGCAAGCCCUGACCUGGCUUCAUCUGAGGUAGUUUCUGAGGAACCAGCUGAUACUGUGCAUGAUGCUGAUGAGCUUUUUCACAAGUUUGUGUGUAAAAAUAAUGGAGUCCUCUUUGAAAAUCAGUUGCUACAAAUUGGAUUGAAGUCUGAAUUUCGACAGAACCUGGGACGUAUGUUCAUUUUCUAUGGUAACAAGACGUCAACACAGUUCUUGAAUUUUACUCCAACAGUAAUCUGCUCAGAUGACCUUCAACCAAGCCUGAAUCUUCAGACAAAACCUGUUGACCCCACAGUGGAUGGAGGUGCACAGGUUCAGCAGGUCGUGAACAUUGAAUGUGUAUCAGACUUCAUGGAAGCUCCCAUUCUGAACAUUCAAUUCAGGUACGGUGGAACAUUCCAGAAUCUUUCAGUAAAAUUACCCAUCACACUGAAUAAAUUUUUCCAGCCAACAGAAAUGUCUUCUCAAGACUUUUUCCAGCGUUGGAAGCAACUGAGCAAUCCUAAACAAGAAGUACAGAACAUCUUUAAAGCAAAGCACCCAAUGGAUGCAGAGAUCACAAAAGCAAAGAUAAUUGGCUUUGGAUCGGCCCUACUUGAGGAGGUGGAUCCCAAUCCUGCUAACUUUGUUGGUGCUGGUAUCAUACAUACAAAGACUACUCAGAUUGGAUGCUUGCUGCGCCUUGAACCCAACCUCCAGGCACAGAUGUAUAGACUCACACUACGAACAAGUAAAGAAGCUGUAUCUCAGAGAUUAUGUGAAUUGCUGUCAGAACAGUUUUAAUACUAACCAUGACAGUUUUUUGUUUUUCCAUUUAUAUCAUUGUCAUCAUACUGCAAAUAAAUGUCUUGUACAUCA